UCGCUGGUGUAAUCAAUUUACAACAUGUUGACUGACACAUGCGUAAACACAUUUUAACAUCUUUCGUUUUUCUUUUGCAAAUCAGUUCCCAGGCAGUACACUAGAGCGCAGUGUGCUGUGCGGCACACCGUGGGCUAGUAACUUGCAAGGAUGCGUGAAACGCAUGUGGAACGCAUCAGUGCGCAGGCGCAGAUACCUCUGACGCCGGCGGCAGCGGCUGCAGCGGCUGCAGCAGCAUGGAAGCUUUACUGAAGAAGGAGAUGAACUGCUCCCAGGUGAAGCUGUCUGGACACUCAGGUGGAGGCUGCAUCAGCCAGGGCCAGAGCUAUGACACUGACAAGGGCCGCGUCUAUGUCAAGAUCAACCACAAGUCUGAGGCAAGGAAGAUGUUUGAGGGAGAGAUGGCUAGCCUGGAAGCAAUUGACCAAACGGAAACCAUCAGGGUUCCCAAACCCAUGAAGGUCAUAGAGCAGCCAGCAUCUGGCGCUGUGCUAGUUAUGGAACACCUAGACAUGAAAAGCCUCAACAGAUGCUCUGCAAAGCUUGGAGAGCAGCUGGCAGAUCUUCAUCUCCAUAACCAGAGGCUACAGGAGAAGAUGAACAAGGAAAGCGGAAUUGUGGGCAAAGGACCUGGACAGUCUGAUGUUCAAUACAUAGACAAGUUUGGCUUCCAUACUGUGACCUGCUGCGGAUAUCUGCCCCUGGUGAAUGAUUGGCAGGACGACUGGGUCAUUUUCUACACCCGCCAGCGUAUCCAGCACCAAAUGAACUUGCUUGAGAAAUCCUCUGGGGACAGAGAAGCCAUGGAGCUUUGGGCACAGUUACAAUUGAAGAUCCCUCAGCUGUUUGCUGGACUUGAAAUCGUACCUUCACUUCUCCAUGGAGAUCUGUGGGGAGGGAAUGUGGCUGAGCUGGACACUGGACCUGUGAUAUUCGAUCCUGCAUGUUUCUACGGCCACUCCGACUUUGAGCUGGCAAUUGCCGGUAUGUUUGGAGGUUUCGGAUCAUCCUUUUACUCUGCUUACCAUGCAAAGUUGCCAAAAGUUUCUGGCUUUGACAAACGGCUGAAGUUCUACCAGCUGUUUCACUAUCUGAACCACUGGAACCAUUUUGGAAGUGGCUAUAGAGGGUCAUCGCUGAGCAUCAUGAGAGGCCUACUGAAGUAGUAGAUUGUGCGGGUGUCUGGCAGGAGACAUUGGGUCCAGAGCUUAAUUAGAAAUAAUUUAAUCCAUUAGAGUUGCUGAUUCCCACAGUGAUUCCUGGUGAGUGACAUUAACUUUAGUGUAGUUCAGUUUGUGUCUCAGACUCUAAAACAUAUACCUUGUUAAAUGAUAUUUCAAGUGUUGAAAAAGUAAUAUUAAUUAAUAACUUUAACAGUCAAACAUUUACACAUCCUUUAGUUCUUGUAAGAAAUGUAAACCAAUAAGGAAGUAUUCUUCCCUCUACGUUAUUGUUAGAGCUAUGCUGUUUCCAUGACAACAGAAUACUUGCUGUAAGCGUACAUUUAAGAAGUUAAUUUUAUGAGGUGAUCCUGUUUCCAAAGUUUGAUUUAACUAUACGGAUUGUAAUUAAUUGAAUUGUAGGACACCUUCAAGGAGUUCUUCUUAUUAAAUUCGCAUUUUAAAACUA